AGAAGCUCAACAGCAAGAAGCAAUAAAGAUUUUCUUUUCCUUCCUUCCUUCCUUCCUUGUCUUUCUUACUUUCUUUUUGUUUUAAUUCAUUUUUUUUUCAGAAAUCUAUCAAAUCUGAACGAAGAAUAAUUAAACUACACUUUCUUUGAAGCGAUUAAAGGAAGAGAUGAUCAAAUUCUCUCUCUCUUUUUUUUUCGUCCUUAUGGAUUCACACCUUCCAUUCACACCAUCCUUCAUAUAAUCAAAGCUUUAUCCUUCUCCUUCUUUGAAUCCCAUCGGCUUUUCCGAACCCCAAAAGCUUAAUCUUCACGAAAGCACUUUUGUUUUUUAAGAUUGCGUUUGUGGUCAUGGAACAUCAUCCUCAUCAUUAUCAACGUCAUCAGCAGCAACACCAUCAGCAGCUUCAGCUUCAACAACAGCAGCAGCUUCAGCAGCAACAUCUUAGUACUGUGACUGUACACGUGGACACGAGUGAUAGGUUCCCUCAAUGGAGCGUGCAGGAGACGAAGGACUUGCUUCUGAUCAGAGCCGAGCUAGAUCAGACUUUCAUGGAGACGAAGAGAAACAAGCUUCUGUGGGAAGUGAUUUCUACGAAGAUGAAGGAAAAAGGUCACCAUCGCAGCGCCGAACAGUGCAAGUGCAAGUGGAAAAACCUCGUUACUCGUUACAAGGGUUUUGAGACAAUGGAGCCGGAAGCUAUGAGGCAGCAAUUCCCGUUUUACAACGAGCUACAAGAGAUUUUCGCUGCACGGAUGCAGAGAAUGCUGUGGGCAGAAGAAAGCGGAGCUGCAAGCGGGUCGAAGAAGAAAACGCUUUCUUCAGACGACGAGGAAGAUAACGAGGAUAGCGAGGCAGAGAAUAAGGGAAGCACGGGGAAGAACAAGAAGAAGAAGAUGAAGAUGAGCAAUAUAGGAAGCAGCAGCGCAAGUGGAAAUAAUGUAAGGGAGUUAUUGGAAGAGUUCAUGAAGCAACAAAUGCAAAUGGAGAUGCAAUGGAGAGAGGAGUUUCAAGCGAGGGAGAAUGAGAGGCGGUUGAAGGAGAUGGAGUGGAGGCAGAAGAUGGAAGCAUUAGAGAACGAGAGGAUAAUGAUGGAGACGAGAUGGAGGGAGAGGGAGGAGCAAAGGAGGAUGAGGGAGGAGGCUAGGGCUGAGAAAAGGGAUGUUCUUAUUACUGCUUUGCUAAACAGCUUAGAAGAGAGGAUAUGUAGCAAGCGUUAUCUCAAGACAUGGUUUGAGAGCUAGGUUUGUUUAUUAAUUAAUUCUCAAUUAGCUAGAAACUGAACUGAUCAUUUUGGACAUGUCCAUUACGCGAUAUACUGGUCCAUCUUCUUCUGUUUUGCCCACUGGGGCUUUUCAUUAAUUUAUUGCAUAAUAUCAAUUCUUUCGUUUCCAUAUAUA